ACAUCGUAGGUUACAUGUUUGUCUCUGAGGUUACAUCGUAGAUGACAUGUUUGUCUCUGAGGUUACAUCGUAGGUGACAUGUUUGUCUCUGAGGGUACAUCGUAGGUGACAUGUUUGUCUCUGAGGGUACAUCGUAGGUUACAUGUUUGUCUCUGAGGUUAUAUCGUAGGUAACAUGUUUGUCUCUGAGGGUACAUCGUAGGUUACAUGUUUGAAUCCCUUAGAAGAUUCACCUCUUGGUCACCUUGUAAAGCCUCUGAAUGAAUGAAUGAAUGAACGUUACACAGUAACUGAGUUAUAUUCAGAUGUAACUUCAGUUCUAUGAAUCUUUCUGUAGCUCAGCUUCACUCUGUAUUUACACAGUUAGUGUGAAUAUAAAGUAGCAGACUGAUCAUAUUCUACAACACAUGUGGAGGGUAAACUAUGGAUCCAGGACUACAGGUGUGCUGGUCCACACAGAACCAGUUCAGACUGCACACUCCCCAUCACCUGCUCCCUGGUUCAUGUUGUCAUGGAAUCACUGACAGUUAUUCUAUUCUGAAACUAAAGAGUCUAGUCACAUGUCAACAGAACAAAAAUCAAACAUGAUGUUAGAAAGUGACGUUUGAACCCUUAGUGCUCAGUGGACACAUUAAAUCACACAAUCAGAUGUGAACAUGUCCUGGAUCAACUGGAUCAGACUCAUGUAUUUUCUCCAUGUUUUUGUCUCAGGACCCCGGCCCUCUCCCCCCCUCCCCCAUCCUGGGUCAGAAGCCACUGCAGUUACUGGAGGUGAAAGCUAGAGGGCGCUUCGGCUGCGUGUGGAAAGCUCAGCUCCUCAGUGAACACGUCGCUGUCAAGAUCUUCUCCAUCCAGGAGAAACAGUCAUGGCAGAACGAGUUUGAGAUCUUCAGUCUGGACGGGAUGAGACAUGAGAACCUGCUGGAGUUCAUCGGAGGAGAGAAGAGAGGAAGUCACAUGGACCUGGAGCUGUGGCUCAUUACAGCCUAUCAUGAGAAGGUAGGUCCGCCUCCUGAUGGACACAAUAAAAAUGAUAAUAAUAAUAAUUAAAGCUGCGAGCAGCGAUGAACAGGCCCUCACAUCCUCACGCAUGUCGGGGGUGCCGGUGAGACUCCGGCUCGCGCGUCCGAGAACGUCUGAUGUUUUUUUUCCUGCGUGGACCGCCUGACGCUGGAAAUUACACUUUGCAAAUAGUCCACCGCUUCCUUCAUCCGCUGUGUGGCGCUACAGAACACGUGUUAUGUUGCUCUAUAAGUGUAAACCACAUUGUGUAAAAUUCAUGUAAAUCGGAU